UUUUCUGUACACUUUAACCUCCGUGCAAACAUUUCCGGGACUUUUCCUGAAAAUACCUGUUUACCUCAGUAAAGGUGCCUUUAUUAACCCUCUAAAGCUGCUUGCCACUACCCAGCAUAGUAGGGGCUCCAAGAAAGGGAUGGCAGAGAUGAACAAACUCACUGAUGAUGAGAUGGCUGAAGUUAAGAAAGAUGCUAUUGAAUCCUUGCGGCCGUACCUCUGUGAAAAGAUUAUUGCAGAAAGACAUUUUGACUACCUACGUUCAAAAAAGAUAUUAAACAAAGAUGACGCUGAAGAAAUCUUGUGCCAAACAACAAGCCGCCGAAAAGCAGGAGAUUUGUUAGACCGAUUAGCCAAAAAUCCCAAGGGUCUAGAUGCUUUAAUCGAAUCAAUACGACUACAAGAAACACAGGAUUUUCUGAUAGAAAAAAUAAUUGAUGAAGUACUUAAAAUCAAGAACAAGAAACUGGAAUCAUCUAGAGGUUACAGUUUAAGCACAUAUGAGCCAACAUUAAAUGGAUCAUCACGUGAAUAUUUAAGACAAUAUACACUUGAAGAUAAACUUCUGGUACCCGAAAUUGAAUCUACAGUUCUUUAUCAUCCUGAAGGGGAGUCAAGUCUUCCUAUUCUUUUAAAUGAUUCACAGAUGUUGGUAAGCAAGUCUCUUUCAGAGAAGGCAAAGAACAGCAGUCAAAGUGGUUCUAUCUGCUCUAAGCUUCCCAAACCUGGAGAGCCUGGUGCCCCUCCUCUGCCUACAGCACUCCCAUGUGAAAAUGAUAAUGUCUUAGCCAACUCUCCGAUUGACAAUCAGUUUUUGCCUUUGAGGUCCAGCUCCUUUUCUGAAGCAUGACAAUGACCAUGGCAUACACCACUCUGACAGACAAUUUCACAGAGCAAUUCUUGCAGAUGCUAAUACUCAGACCAUGAAUUCUGGGAAAUGUAAGAAUAUGAACUUUGGAGAAAUUGCCACUUAAGGCAAAGAUGAGGUUGUAAAUAAUAUGUAUAGCUGAAAACUGCAUUCCAUGCAUAACAUUUUGAUUUGUACAAAUCAUACCACUAUAAUGAAAAUAUAGUUCUCUAUAAGGUGUGGGUAUGUUUAUAUAUUUGCCUGCCUCACAAAAAAGCUAAAGUACAAUGGCUUUUGUACUUAAUGCCGAUAAAGUUAAAAUGCAAUUUUAUCUGUAUGAUGUAAAAAUGUCCAAAGCUGGUCAUAAUCUUGCCAGACCAGAAAGAUGGCCUUCCCAGUCAAUAUCUGAGUUGGGCUUAGUCAGAUAUUAAAGAGAGCUAAAGCUUAACAAAGAGGUAGGGCAGAAAUGCAGUACAUUUUGUUUUGGCAUUCUCUGCAAGACCAAGGCAACCACAACCCUUUAGCAGGAAAGAUCUGUGCCUCCAAAUAUGCCCCAGUAGCUCCUCAUCUUCUUUUCUGCUGAUUUACGGCACAUGCUCUGUGCUGCUGUCAGUUACUGAGCUUAGGGACCAACUCACAAUAUACUGUAUAUAUAUAGAAUAUAAAUAUCACAGUACAAAGAGCUUGUGAGUGUCCAAGAGGGUGACUCCCUGUUCACAACUUUGAAGACCCAAAUCAUUGCUUUUAUUACUAGAGAGGGCACUUUAGGCUGGUGCAGUUAUUAUAUAAAAUAUGCCAUUCCUACCCAUAUUUGUUUUUAGGUUUUAGUUUUUCUUAAAUUCUUAUUAUGGCUGGAAAAUGCUACACAAAUAAUUUGGUCCACUGCUUGGGGGGUAAAAUCUGCCUGUAUAUGGGCAGCUUUACACAGAAUAAGUCUGUCACUGCUAAUAAAAUAUUUUCUUUCCGAAAAAAAAAUAUAUAUAUUUGAAUAUCCAUUGAACAGAUGCUUAGAAUUGUUCAUUCUAUAACAUACUAAAAGUUAAAUUAAACUUAGAAUUGUUCAUUCUAUAACAUACUAAAAGUUAAAUUAAAGGUGAACCACUACUCUAAUUUGACUUUUUAUCUUACAAUUAAUUUUUUGGGCUACAAUUUUACUGGAAAUUGUAUCACUAUGAAACUUUGCUGCUAUUGAGCUGUAAUAUAAUAUAUUUGUAUUUACUAGGUCAAGUAACGCAUAGCAACCAAUCAGCAGUCUACAUUUCCCAGUCGCAUUUUGAAAGUGAACAUUUAAUUGGGUUAUUUGACCUGGUGCAAUUAUAUCUUAUAUUAUCUCUACUGGUGCUUCAUUAAUGGACAACUAAUAAUGUGGAUUUCAUGGACAAUAUCAAUGAAAUGAAAAGAAAAAAUUUCUUUAUGAGCUGCUUUCUUUUGCAAUGCUUAAAAUACUUAUAUUUU